GUGUUAAAACAGUAGCCACCAAAAUAACCCUAAAGGGUAUAUAUCCUCAUUGACAAAUUCCUUUCUCUUUCUACACAAAACUCUUCGCCGAAUCCGAGACACAGCAAUGCCAAUUUUUGCGUAUUCUACGUACGAAGAUAUACCAACAUUGGAUGAUGUGAAACGUGAAAUUACCAGCAUCGUGGGGCUUCGAGAAGUCAAGGUUCAAUUGGAGAAAAUUGUUGAUAAAAUAAUCUCUGCAGAACAUGAUGCCAGUUACAGUUUUCGAGUUGUUCCUCCCAAGCCCUUUCAUAUGGUGUUCAUAGGAAACGCUGGAACCGGAAAAUCGACAGUUGCUCGAAUUCUUGGAAAAUUGUUUUAUUUGUCUGGAUCUUUACCAUCUUAUAACGUAAUUGAAACAGGACUAAGGGGAAAGGUUUGUUCCUUGUAAAUUACAUUGAAAAAUUAUACUGUACUGUAGAAACCCUGUUUGGCUAAGUUCUAAAAAAAA